UGAGAGAGAAAUGGGUUUGGGAUUGAAGUGGUGGUGCUGGUGGUUGACGGUUACGGCGGUUGGAGUAGGAGUGGUGGUUAGGGGUGCCCCUUCUGAGACUAAGAACAACAAUCUGGUUAGUCGUAUCGGCUUUGGAUCAUGUGCCAACCAAUCUGCUCCUCAGCCUAUAUGGGAUGCAAUCAUUAAGUUUGAUCCCCAAGUUUUCAUUUGGCUUGGUGAUAACAUAUAUGGAGACAUCAGGCUGCCUAAUAAGCUAUUUGGAAGGAAAAGAAAUAUUGGUCCAUGGAAGAAUACUGAAAGGUUUGUUCCUGCUAGUAAGCAGGAAAUGAAGUCCAAGUAUGAGAAAGCCAAAUCUAAUCCUGGUUACUCUCGUCUUCGACAGAAGACUAAGGUCAUAGGCACAUGGGAUGACCAUGAUUAUGGAUUAAACGAUGCAGGAAAAGAAUUUGCUGGGAAAAUAACCAAUCAAAGGCUCAUGCUAGAUUUCUUAGACGAGCCUCAUGAUAGUCCACGGCGCAAACAAGCUGGUGUCUAUGCAUCUUAUACAUUUGGUCCCACAGGUAGACAAAUCAAGGUUAUAUUAUUAGAUACUAGAUACCACCGAGAUCCUUUACGUAGUGAUGGAAGUAUUUUGGGGAGUUCACAAUGGACUUGGUUAGAGCAAGAGCUGCAUGGUUCUCCAACAGCGGUUACUAUUAUUGGGUCGUCCAUACAGGUUAUCUCAAAUCUCUCAGCAACAACUGGGCCUUUUUUUUACAUGGAAUCUUGGGGACGUUUUCCAAAAGAGAGAGAUCGAUUAUUUAAACUGCUGGCAGAUAGUAAGAGGGGUGGAGUGUUUUUCAUUAGUGGAGAUGUUCAUUUUGGAGAAAUUACAAGAUAUGAUUGUGCCACUGGAUAUCCAUUGUAUGAUGUCACUGCAAGCGGAAUCACCCAAGCAGUUGAAAAGGUAGUCCCAACGCCACUGCAUUUCUUUGUGAGAUUCCUGGCAUGGUUAACUCCUGCCACCUUGAGAGUAAUGGAUGGAAAUUGCAGACGCAAAUCAUGUACAUAUGGUAUGCCUAAUUUUGGAGCAAUUGAGAUAGACUGGGAUGCAAAUCCCAUGACAUUGAAACUUCAAGUGAGGGAUACGGAUGGCAAUCCUGUGGUAGGUGUAAAUGCACCGUUACCGGAAUUGCAGGCGAGAAAUUUCAACUAUGUGACUAGCAGUAAAAUAGGAAAGCACCAAAAGCACUGCUAUCUUGAAAUCAAUCAACCAGGCAUUGUCAGAUAUCGCUUGGCUAUUUUAGCUUAUUGUGCUCUUGCUGUAUUGAUCCUUUCUAUGAUGGGUGUGAUUUGGCUUUGUACAUUAUGUUGCUGCAGAUGUCCUCUCAAGAAAAAGCGGGACUGACCGAGUGGUCGAUAAAUGAGAGUUGUUUGUUUGUUUACUGCAGAGAUUUUCAUCAGGCAUAACCAGUUUUGACUUGCUAGUGUCUAGAACUGUAUUUACCAAAUAGUAAGUGCAUUGAUGUAUUUGUGUUAAAUGAAUGAUUAUAGUGAACUUACGAUACACUAUUGGAUGUCUCAAGUAGUAGUUAAUUUAGGGUAGGGUUGUGAAAUUCACACACCCUAAAUUGGCAAAAAAGGAAAAAAAAGUGUGUGGAUUUCACAUCCCUUAAUUUAUAUUAGAAGUUGUGUUUAAGUUCCGCAACUGCAUCUCAUCACAACCACUGAUCCACAUCUGUUGUUUUAAGAGCCUCUAUAUCAGGAUGAAGUUUUCUGUAUCUUGACCAAGGGAAAAACCAGAAAUCAUAGGGUGGGCUAAAUUUAUCAGGCCUAAAGUGUUUCUUUUUCUUUUGUCAAUGACUAUAAUCUAACU